CGGUGCAGAGUGGCCAUGGCCCGAGCCGUACGGGCGCUGUGGCCGGCCGGCCGCUCGCUGGCCUGGAGGCUGGGCAGCCGCCCCCCGCCGGGGCUCCCCGCGCCGGGCCGGGCCGGCCUGGCGGGAGCGGCGGGAGGCCCGGACCCCGCCGCCUCCGCCGCCGCCGCCCGCAAGGGGAGCCCGCGGCUCCUGGGGGCGGCGGCGCUGGCCCUGGGGGGCGCCCUGGGGCUGUACCACACGGCGCGGGGGCACCUGCACGCCCAGGACCUCCGAGCCGAGCGUCUUGCCGCGCAGCUUUCCCUGUCCGGCCGCCUACAGCUGACCCUGUACCAGUACAAGACCUGUCCCUUCUGUAGCAAGGUCCGCGCCUUCCUGGACUUCCACGCGCUGCCCUACGAGGUGGUGGAGGUGAACCCCGUGCGCAGGACCGAGAUCAAGUUCUCCUCCUACCGCAAAGUGCCUAUCCUGGUGGCGCAGGAAGGGGACCGCUUGCAACAGCUGAACGACUCCUCGGUCAUCAUCAGCGCCCUGGGGACCUACCUGGUGUCAGGGCAGCCCCUGGAAGACGUCAUUAGCUACUACCCCCCCAUGAAGGCCACUAAUGAGCAGGGCAAGGAGGUGACUGAGUUCUGCAACAAGUACUGGCUCAUGCUGGACGAGCGGGAGGCCCAGCGCAUGUAUGGUGGGAAGGAGGCCCGCACGGAGGAGAUGAAGUGGCGGCAGUGGGCGGAUGACUGGCUGGUGCACCUGAUUUCCCCCAACGUGUACCGCACACCGGCCGAGGCGCUGGCGUCCUUCGACUACAUCGUGAAGGAGGGCCGCUUCGGGGCGCUGGAGGGUGCCAUGGCCAAGUACCUGGGCGCCGCCGCCAUGUACCUCAUCAGCAAGCGGCUCAAAAGCAGGCACCACCUGCGGGACGACGUGCGCGAGGACCUCUACGAGGCGGCCGACAAGUGGGUGGCGGCAGUGGGCAAAGACCGGCCCUUCAUGGGGGGCCAGAAGCCGAACCUGGCCGACCUGGCGGUGUAUGGCGUGCUGCGGGUGAUGGAGGGCCUGGAGGCCUUUGACGACCUGAUGCGACACUCACGCAUCCAGCCCUGGUACCGGCGGGUGGAGAAGGCCAUCGCACAGGCCCCCGGGGACUGAGCCGCAAGCUGGGCCACGUGGCCACGGAGAAACUCACUGCCGCAACAGGGCAGGGCCAGGGGGCACUGCAUGGUGUCAGGAGCUCGCUCGCCCCCUGCCCCACUCCCCAGCUUUUCCGGCUCUGGUGCUGGUGGGCCCGGGGAAGCGGAAUCAGGCUCCACUUUCCCUCCUGGGCCUCCCGGACCGUCUUGGAGGGUCACUUCGUCCCUAGCACCUCUUGCCCUGGAGCCCUGCUCUGUGCCGACUCUCCCAGGACUCAGCUCCCUCAGACACGGGCAGGAGCCCUCCCCGCUGCCCCCCACUCC